GGUCCAAAAAGGACCCAUAAAACAUGUACCGGAAAAUUGCUGUAAACAUUACAUUUCAACGUUAUAUCUGGGGAUUUCUAAUACGUUAAGACCUCUGUGUGAAAGAUGAACAACAUGUCCCCUGAAGUUGCACUAAACAGAAUCUCUCCUGAGCUGCGCCCCUUGCUGUGCAGUGUGGUGCGGAAUGGUAGAGUGGGACUUGACUCCACCAACUGCCUGCGGAUUACAGACCUCAAGACAGGAUGCACAUCUCUGACUCCAGGGCCCUGUUGUGAUCGCUUCAAACUUCACAUCCCCUAUGCUGGAGAAACACUGAAAUGGGACAUCAUAUUCAAUGCACAGGAUCCAGAACUACCUCCAGACUUCAUAUUUGGAGAAGACGCAGAAUUUUUGCCAGAACCUUCAGAACUACCGCACCUGGUCCAAUGGGAUGCAGAGGACCCUGAGUGCCUGCUGCAGUUAGUGAAGGAGCUGAUUCAGCAGUACCACCAGUACCAGUGCCAUCGUCUACGCGAGAGCUCCCGGCUGCUCUUUGAGUACGACAGCCUGCUCGAGGACCCCGACUACGGCCGCAGUCUGGAGAUCUACGCCGGGCACAAAAACAGCUGGACGGGGGAGUUCUCUGCUCGCUUUCUGCUUAAGCUGCCCGUGGACUUCAGCAACAUCCCGGUCUAUCUCCUCAAGGACACAGCAUUGGACCCUGGGGAAGACGUAGCCCUUCUCUUCGUCAGCUUUGAAGAUGCUGAGGCCACCCAGGUGUUCCCUAAACUCUACCUGUCGCCCAGCAUUGAACAUGCCCUAGGCGGUUCCUCUGCACUACACAUCCCAGCAUUUCCUAGUGGAGGCUGCCUCAUCGACUAUGUACCUCAAGUGUGCCAGCUUCUCACCAACAAGGUGCAGUAUGUCAUUCAAGGUUACCACAAGAGGAGAGAGUACAUUGCUGCCUUUCUCAGUCACUUUGGAAUGGGGGUGGUGGAGUAUGAUGCAGAAGGAUUCACCAAGCUCACCCUUCUUCUCAUGUGGAAAGACUUUUGUGUCCUCGUCCAUGUGGACCUCCCUCUGUACUUUCCCCGGGACCAGCCGACCCUGACUUUCCAGUCUGUGUACCAUUUCACCAGCAGUGGGCAGCUCUACUCCCAGGUGCAGAAGUCCUACCCAUACAGCCCACGUUGGGACGGCAACGAGAUGGCCAAAAGAGCCAAAGCAUACUUUAAGAGCUUCAUUCCUCAGUUUCAGGAAGGGGCCUUUGCCACCGGAAAACUCUAGGAGUGUGUGUUUGUGUACAUGCAUGCGUGUAUGUUCACAGCACAACCGUGACAAAAUAUGUACAAUGACACUGUCAAAGUCAAUGUUAAGCCAUUUGUUUUAUGCUUUUUCCUUAACUAUCGGUUUUCAUUUUAUCAUCAUUUUUACCUUUCUGAACUUGAGAGAAAUGUCCCUAGAAACGUUAAGCUCAGUUGUUCAGAGACGCUUAUGGGUUCCACAGACAGAUUUGGAACUUGUCCAGCCAGGUUGCUACAUCCUCAAACAUAAUGCCACUUCUGAUCUUCAGAUUGGUUGUCUGAAAACUGGAAAAGGGCCCUGAACCCUAAACUCUUAGACUGGAGUUGGGUGUGGAAAACAUCCAUUCAUUUUCUGGCAGAAACAUUAAGCAGGUCAUGUAAUAUGGUUGGUGAUGGGGGUGGGGGGGGCUUGUCUUACAACAGUGGUACUAUUACUUUAUCAUUCUACAAUUGUCUUUGUCCUUGCCUUGGGGGCGGACUCGUUCUUUGAUUUGUGUAAAUUGGAGUAAACAGUAUGCCCCAUUUUCCACCUUAAAUCCCUGUGAUCACACGUUUAUAUUGACUUUUUUGUUGACAGCUAUGUUUUCUGAAUAUUUGUAAUAAAAAUGUUCUUAUCACCAUCUUAAUCGCUCAUAUUCCAAAUAAACCGUCAAAUCCUUUAUUGCAUAGAAAGACAGUCUUUAUUGUUUCAUUGUUAUUUUUAUUGGUAAUAGAUUUGCACUGUCAUUGAAUUCUGGCCUGUGCUCAACAUAGCUUUAAAAGAUAGGGAUAGAGACUAGCAGGCUGGGAGCAAGAGGGAUGGUCUGGGAGAAUGGGAAGUAGAGAGAGUGAGAGGGUGUGUGUAUGUGUGUGUGCAUGCUUGUUUUCAUCAUUAAACAUGAGGGGGUCAUUGUUAGGGGUCUUUCCUGGCCCGGGGGCCAGCCCUUUGCUAUAUUUAUUGUUGGUAAAGCAGCAACUGUCAAGUCUAAUUGGGAACUGUACUGUGAAUGUAUUUGGGGCAUUUAAUAGCAUCAAGUCUCUCAAUAAAAAAUAAUUAAAAGCAA